CUAAACGCGUUCGGCAUUGACAUCUCAGAUCAGAGAGAUUUUUGUUCACGUGACUCCAGAUAUAUCUGACAAAUCUGAAAUAAUCGAACGAUCUAGAUUAAAAAUUGACAACUGCCAAAUUGACCGUUUUUUUGGUAUUGUUUAUGACUGCAAACCACAUUUUGAACGAUUUUCCCGGAUAGUUUGAAAUAAAAAUAAAUCAUUUUGCAGAUCAAUAUCGAGAUAUUAGAUAUUAUGGCUGAAGGUGGAAUUAGAAAUGAUGUAAAGGUUGCCAUCCUAACAGUGGCACACGGCAAUUUUUUGUUUGAUGAGGAUGAGGAUGAAGUAGAUGUAAAUGUUAAUGAGAAGGUCGAGAAUUUUGCUGAACUGAUUGUGCCUCAGUACUCUGACAAACAGUUUCAGCAACACUUCAGAAUGAAACCGAGUACAUUUGAAGAUUUUCUGCAGAAAUUAAGCCAUGUGUCUCAUAAGUCUGUUGGUCCAGGGCCUUCAGAAAUUAAGAUUGAAAAGCAGGCAAUGAUCACUCUUUGGUGUUUGGCCAACAUGGAAAGUUUUCGCUCUGUAGGAGAUAGAUUUGGGGUGACCAAAUCCACCUGCUGGGAGGUGUUAUAUCGGACAUGCCACAGAAUACUGGCAACGAAUGAAAUUUUCAAAAUAAUCUGCUGGCCAACAGGGGAGAGAGCAUUAUCAAUAAUGCAGUCUUUUCAAGCACUCAGUGGAUUAAAUGGGGUGUUAGGUUGCAUUGAUGGCAGCCAUAUAAAGAUCUUGCCACCGAAGAAUUACCCAAACUCCUAUUGCAAUAGGAAGAAUUUUCAUUCAAUUUUGCUACAAGGGGUUUGUGAUAAUAGGAAACUGUUCACCCAUGUUUAUGCUGGAGAGCCGGGGUCAAUCCAUGAUAACAGACUUUUUGAAAAGUCGGACUUAUUCACUGGCAUUGAAAGUAGAGAGCUGGUUUUUCCGCACGAUAGCCACAUGCUAGGUGACUUAGCAUACAAACUGAGAAGCUACCUAAUGGUUGGUUUCAAAAAUAAUGGAAAUUUGACGAACCGGCAGAAAAAUUUCAAUUUCAAACUAUCAAAGGCAAGAGUAGCAAUAGAAAACGCAUUUGCUCUUUUGAAGGGACGGUUUCGCCGUUUGAAAUACAUGGAGACUGUGAGAUUAGAUUUAAUAGCAUUAUUAACUGUAGUGGCAUGCAUACUACACAAUAUUUGCAUACUUCAAGGAGAAAAUCCAUUGGAUAUUAUAAAUCUUGAAGAGGAACUUGAAGAAGAAAGAAGAUCGAGUAAUAUUGCCAUGUAUGACCUUCCUGAAAAUAACCAGCCAGCUGUAGCUAAGAGACUAUCAAUUAUGAAUGCAUUAGAGCUAGAUCAACAAUUUGUGUAAAAUAGAAAAAUAAUGAAAUGUUUGUUUUACCUACCUCAGCUUUAUUGUAUAUAUUUUAUAUCGAUUAUUCAAAUUAGUGUAGCAUUUUAGUGUUUUUAAUGGGGAAAUUCAAAGGUGGUAAAUACUGUGAAUUUGAUAGAAAUGUUUGGAUUUUGAGACUGUUCAGG